CCCAGCAGGUGCAACAGGAUCCAGCAGUAGCUCUGUAGGAUGUACACAAACAAACAUGCAUUGAAAAUACUAAGCUGCACGGUUGUAUUUUUCAAACAAAAGGACACCUUUCUGAAACAGUAAUAACAAAUGUAGAUAUAGUAUAAAUGCAAAGCCCAACAAAAAUACAAGCUAGCAGGAAGUCAUGCAGGUUAAUUAAAUUUACAUUCAAGACGUUUUGCUUCCGCUGGUAGCAUACAAAGGAUUUGCUCAUGAGAGAAGUGCAGUGUGCGGCGGUGUAAAAUAGAGACGUUUUCACCAUUACAGUUUUUUUUACGCGCACGGACUAACAACAAAAAUAAACUGAGUCACUUCGGAGGAGGUUCUCAGAUCUGCAGGUUCCAGAUUUUUACCUGCUGAAAAAAGAGCUCUGUAAUUUCAGGAUCAUGAACCACCCUGCAAUUGAGCAGCUGCUGACCUGUUCAGUCUGUCUGGACCGGUACCGGAGCCCCAAGCUUCUCCCUUGCCAGCACACCUUUUGCCAGGAACCCUGCCUGAAGGGAAUAGCUGACAAGAUCAGCAGGAACGUGAAAUGUCCGGAGUGCAGAGCGGUUCAUAAGAUUCCUGCUGAGGGGGUUGGGGGGUUUCCAAGCAACAGGACCAUCCUUGGUUUCCUGGAGAUACCUGUUGAGUGGAUCCAAACUUUGCAAGGUAGUCCCUCGCAACCAUGCCAGAUUUGUGGUGAGGCAAAAGAACUGACCAGUUGCACUCACUGUGAUAAGUCAGUCUGCGAUUCUUGUCAGCACCUUCAUGUUGAGGAGUUGAAGAUGGACCUUAGGAAGAUUGCCACUAAACUACGAGGUGCAAUACCUAAGAUAUCGAAAGCUCUAGGAACUCUGGAGCAAAAGUCAUUCUCGAUGAAGCAAAACCAAGAGGCGAUCAAAGCUGAGGUGGAGAGAAGCUUUGAAAAACUGAUUACCAGUCUCCGAGUGAGAGAGAAAGGUUUGAUUUUGGAAGCUGAAAACUUGAUGCAGUCUGAACUAAGGACUUUAAGGUUCAAGCAGGAACAUUUAGAGUUCAUGUUGGCUAGUAUUUCCAGCCACUGUGACUGCAUUGAAAACCAGCUUAAUGACCUUCAAAGAAACCCUCUUGCCUUAGAACUUGUGGAGCUAAAGACACAAUCUAAGGACUGGACAGAACAGGUAGAAAUCCUAGGACAGACUGAAGAAGACCAAUUUAAACUAUUGAAGUUCACAGCAAACCAUGCAGAUAUACAUUCAGACACAAACAAAUAUGGUUCAGUAUCUUGGGCAAAUAAAUCCUCACCUAAUAGAACUUGCAGGUAUCAAGUUUCUGACGCCUUUGGCCAAAGUGGCACAAGUUCAACGGAGGUUCUCCUAUCACAAUCUGGGAAUACUGCUGCCUUCCUUCCAAGGGCAACCGGCAACUAUUUAUUUUCAGGCAGACAAGCAAGGCUGAGGCAUACGAAUUUAGGCCUUGUGAAUGCCCAGGCUUUGGUUACAGAGGGCCUCGACAGUGAAAGACCUAGACUUGGACUUCCUCUCUACGGCCACCAGCUCCUUCUGCUUUACCAGCUCAAAGGUGCAAUGAGGUGCAAGUUUGGCUCCAGAGGAAGUGACCUAGGGCAUUUCACCUGGCCCAGGGGAGUUGCAGUGACCCCAGAGGGAAACAUUGUCGUCGCUGAUAGCAGUAACCACAGGGUUCAGAUGUUUGAUCGUGAAUGCCGUUUUCUGAGAGCUUUCGGUUCCUAUGGCAACAGUGAUGGAGAAUUUGACUGCUUGGCUGGUGUCACGGUCAACAGCCAAGGAUGGAUCAUCAUCGCAGACCGGUACAAUCACAGGAUCCAGAUCUUUGACAACGAAGGGCGUUUCAUCCGCAAGUUUGGCCAAGAAGGCGCAGGUGAAGGCCAGCUCAGCUAUCCCUGGGGAGUGGCCACCGACCGGCUUGGGCUUAUUUACAUCUGUGACAAGGACAACCAUCGCGUCCAAGUCUUCACUCUGGAUGGGUGUUACGUACGGAAGUUCGGCCAGCUAGGCAACAGGGAGGACCAGCUAGAGCACCCGCACUACCUGGCCUUCUCUCCUGAGCAGAAGAUUGUUAUAAGCGACAGUGGAAACCACAGGAUAGUGGUCUAUGAUAAGGAUGGACGGUUCCUGCUGAAGAUUGGGUCAGAAGGCACAGCUACAGGACAGUUCAAGUACCCGCGAGGUGUCGCAGUGGAUUCCAAAGGGAACAUAAUAGUUGGGGACAGCGGGAAUAACCGGAUACAGAUUUUUCACCGUGACGGCACCUUCCUGAAAUCAUUUGGCAGCUGGGGCACAGGGGAUGGGCAGUUAAAGGGCCUGGAGGGGCUGGCUUUUCAAAAUGGGAAUAUCGUCGUUAGUGACCGAGAGAACCACAGAAUCCAGAUAUUCUAACUCUUGUAUCCACCAAAUUAUGUUGAGCACUUGUUUGAGCACUUGGGUGCUAAAAGUAGGACCAGGAAAAUGCCAAUUGUGCUGGAUUGUAUGGUGUUUUUUAUUAUUGGGGGCUAGGGAUCAAUUUGAUCAUCCUAUACAAUACACAGCUAGAUUUUUUAAGAGCACUUUACAGAACUGGGGGAUCACCCUGGAUUGCUUUAAACAUCUGUGGUGAUCAGCCCCAGGUUGAGACGUAUUUGAAGCCAGGCCUCCAGAGGUGAAAGGAAUUGUAGGCUAGUGAAUUAGGCCACUGCGCAACUUGAGACCUCCUAACUUAGGCAUACUUUUGAUUCCUCAAAUUAUCUUUCCAUAUUACUUGUAAUUGUUGUUUGGAGCAAAGAUGGUAGCAUUUGCAGUCUAAAAUUGUUAGCAUGUGACUUUACAUGACAUUUAUUAAUGCAGACAUAAUAUUUGUUAAUUGGCAGUUUUUCAGAAGUGUUUUGAAUAAUUGAUGACUGUUUUCCAUUAUUCAUGAACAAAGAACAGAUUCAUUACAUUUUCAAGGUUUUUUUUUCUAGGUUAGAUUCAAGUCUAAGUUGGACUCUAGACAUCCUUGUGGAUAUUGUGCAUUUGUCUUCAAAGCUAUGCAUUCCAGGGGUUAGACAACAUUAAAGUUGUGGAUUACAAAAAA